UCCGGUUUUGCUUACAACUCCACGCGCGGCCCGAGUAAGACAAUCUGCCACGUAAGAUACAUCCGGCCGAGGAUUGAAGAUGGACUCCAUCCAAAGACUCAGAAACGAUUACCCAUGGAUUCAAACGCCCCUCGUCGUAGGAGCGCCCAUGCGCCUCAUCGCUCUCGCUGACCUCGCAGUCGCCAUCUCAAAAGCUGGAGGCAUCGGCUUCAUCGGCGCCGGAACCGACGUCUCAGAUCUAGAGACGUACCUGGAAUCCGCUGGCAUGCUCCUACAAGACUCUCCUGUUCCAACCACAAACGGCACAAUCCCGCUCGGCGUAGGCUUCAUCAACUGGGGCGCCGACCUCUCCGUUGCUCUCCCUGUCAUCGCCAGGUUCAAACCAGCGGCUAUAUGGUUCUUCGCGCCUUCCUCUGUCGCGACGCUGAAGGACUGGUCAGAACGGUGCAGACGCGCCAGCCCGCACAGCAGGAUCUGGGUGCAGAUCGGUAGCGUGCGCGAAGCUCGCGAUGUGGUCUGGCACGUGAGGCCCGACGUCCUGGUCGUCCAGGGCACAGAUGCCGGCGGUCACGGCCUGGCGCAGGGCGCGGGUCUCAUCUCCCUGCUGCCGGAAGUCGACGAUGCGGUUUCCGCGCUGCUGCCGGGUGCAGAGAGACCGGUGCUCAUAGCGGCCGGCGGCAUCGUGGAGGCGCGCGGCGCAGCGGCGAGUCUGCUUCUUGGCGCUAGUGGAACAGUAAUGGGUACGCGUUUCCUUGCGAGCCACGAGGCGGUGCUGGCGAAGGGUUAUCAGGACGAGGUGCUUCGGGCCAGUGAUGGUGGGCAGACGACGGUGCGAACGAAGGCCUGGGAUAACGCCAGGGGAACAAAGGGGUGGGCAGAGACGCAUAAUGGGCGGGGGAUCGUAAACAGGACGUACACCGAUGCCGUGGGUGGCAUGGCCGAUGAGGAGAACAAGAGGUUGUAUGAAGAGGACGUGAAGAAGGGAGAUCAGGGGUGGGGCGCGGAUGCGAGGCUAUGUACGUAUGCUGGGAGUGCGGUGGGGUUGGUUAAGGAGGUCAAGGGUGCCGGGGAGAUCGUAAGGGAAGUGAGGGAAGGGAUGAAAGGGUUGGUAAAGGGUACGAGGGCCAGGUUUUAGCAUUCGAAGUCGCUGCCUCAAAAAGACACCUAAGA